AUGAAGUCUUUUGCGGCUCAACUUGUCAUCCUCGCAUCUUGCCUCAACGUCUUUGCUUUGAGCGUACGUUCUGUCCCGCAGGCAGUAGCAAAUGAGUGCUCCUCCGCACAAGAGGUCAGCUCGUCUGUUAUUAGCGUCAACGGCUUGGACAUCGUACGCCAGGUGUUCGACUGCCCGGAUGGCAACUUCACGUCGGCCUCGGUCGGCUCAUCCAAUGUGCGUAUCCUGAAUUCCCGUUCGCUCCUCGAAGAGCGUAGCCAGAGCGAAUGCACCACUCCGAACCCCGAGUGUCAAUGCGGAGCGAGUGUUGAGUGUGGAUGCUUUGAGGAGAACACAGCACCCUCGUCCAGUGACUGUUCAUCCUUGCUUGGCUCGACACCGAUCAUUGCAUCACUCCAAGGACCGACGUUCAGCAUCCCCUCCAAUCAAGUUCACGCAUUGUCACUGAGGACCUGCACGAUAGCCGUCGUUAAUCUGGCGAGCACUACCACGGAAUACUGCUGGGACGAUCUCUCGAGCUCGUUGAACAGCGUUAUGUCUUGCAUGAACGAGGCAUCGUUCGCUAAUGCCGUUUGCUUGGCCUUGGACCAGCGUUUCGUGUCACGUCUGGGUCGCAGUCAGUAA